UGUUAGAAUCACUCUGGAUCAUCUAUACCAAAAUCAAUAUAAUGAUUUGCUGACUUGUGAAGCUAGUGUUAAGUACAAGUUCAAGUUUGGAUCUAAAAUAACAUCCAUUGUGAAAAUCAUAUCUUGUAACUCGUCGGACUCAGCUGGGGUUCAGCAGCCGCUGAAUCUAAUUUUUCCAAACACAAACAAUGUCGUAACUCUACAGGAAGCAGUAAAUGUCAUGAAGGCUUUCAGUUUCUACCAGGACCAAAUGGGGGCUUUCAGUACAGCAUUCAUCAAAUUAGGAAACGUCACUGGGGGAAUCGCAAAACUGCGACCACAAGGUCAAAACCAAACUGCAUUGAACUUUAGCUUCACAGCGAGUGGGGAUGUGAAAAUUUUGGAGGAACAGAACAAUGUGGACAUGGAGCUUGAUCUGCAGAUUCAAAUUUCUAAAGAAGCCAAUGAAUUGGCAGUAGAAAGAAAUAGUAAAUACGUUGGAGUUCUGCUGUUUCCAGGAAUGCCUAAAGAGUUUUUGAACAAUACAAUGCUUGGGAUUGAAAUGGGAGCAAACAUUUCCAAUCUCCCACAAGCCAUAAACAUUCACUACAGUAACGUGGACACGAACAAGUACAGUGCUUCCUGUGUGUCUAGGGAUGACAAAGGCAAUAAACAAACCUGGACGGCAGAUCAAUGCCUAACAAAUCAGACAAAUGGCCACAUCAACUGCCGAUGCUCGCAUAACACAUUCAUUGCUGUCGUCAUGACUCUAAAAAGACCAGAGAUGACAAUUAAACACAACUUAACAAGUCCUGAGGACCCAACGCAGGCAGUGCAAAUCAUGUCUAAUUUGAGUGUUUUCAUAGACCAAAUGGCCAGACAAAAUGUCAGAACAGCAGACAUUAAAAUAGGCAAUAUCACUGGAGUGAUUGCUAAACUAUCACCGAAUUCUGCUGUCAUGAACUUUGGCUUCAAAUCAAAUGGAGAUGUAAAUGUUCUUGGAGAAAACUACGAUGAGAAGAAAGGAUUUGCCACCGAAAUUCACCUCCCAACAGAAGCCAUACAAAUGGCAGAGACACACGGUGAAAGUUAUAUAAGAAUUCUAAUUUUUCCAGGAGUGUUUAAGAAUGACAACGAUUCAUCUAUUUUGCAUGGUGAAGUGCUAGGAAUUGAAAUGGGAUCAAACAUAUUCAAUCUAUCAAAAAGCAUUGACAUUCAGUACAACAAUGUCACACUGGUGACGUCUGGAUUAAUGCCCACAUGUGUAUCAUGGGAUAACAAUAAAGGUAAUGGAAAUAAACCAAACUGGACCGAUGUUGGUUGCAAGACAAUUAGGAACUCGGAUAACGUUAAAUGCCAAUGCUCUCAUCUUACAUUCUUUGGGAUUUUGCUUUCAAGUGUGCCACUAGUUGAAGAAGAUAAGCCAGAAAAACUUCUAACUUUCGAUGCCCCAAAGACUCCUCUGGACUCAGAUCAAGCAGCAAAAUUAAUGAAGAAUCUUAGUUUCAUACUGGAUAGUAUGGGCAACUCCAGCUCUGCUGCCAUCAAAAUGGGCAACAUCACUGGGGUUAUGUCUAGACUGCCAAAACAAAAUCAGACAGUCAUGGACUUUGGCUUUCAAUCAAGUGGGGAUGUAAUGAUUCUCAAGAAAAACAAUAAUGGGGUGACAAACAUCAAGAAAACGAUUCACUUUCCUAAGAAAGCCAGUGAAUCGGCUAUUGAACAAAAUGGCUCUUUUGCAGGAGUUUUUCUUUUCCCAGAAAUUGAGAAGCUCAACAAAACCAGUUCCUUUUUCAACAAUGAAAUGAUGGGGGUUGAAAUGGGAGUGAGCAUCUCCAACCUCUCAGAAACCAUUGAUAUUCACUUCACUGAUGUGAAUACGACUGAAUUUAAUGCCACUUGCGUAUCAUGGGAUGGCACAAGUAAAGAAGGUGGCAAAAACAAGUGGAUCACGGAUGGCUGCCUAACAAACGAGGCCAAUGGCAGCAUCACAUGCCAGUGCUCUCAUCUUACAUUUUUUGCUAUUCUCAUGUCCACAGAUGUACCGAUCAGUUCCUCUGACUUGGAAACCCUGACCCAAAUCACAAAGGCUGGUUGUGGCAUAUCCCUGUUCUUCCUGGGUGUGGCUCUCUUCAUGCAUUUUUUGAUUAGGAAAAAUAAAGCCAGUGAGGCUGUAAAGAUCCUCAUGAAUCUCUUUGUCGCCCUGUUCUUCCUGAACCUUUGCUUCUUGGUAAAUGAGUCAAUCGCUAAACUGGAGAUCUCAGCAGCAUGCGUGGCGAUGGCAGCGGCUCUGCACUACAGCAUGCUGGCCACAUUCACAUGGUUCUUCAUGCAGGCUUUGAACCUGUACUUGAAUCUACACCAGAUCUCCUUAGGCAUCAAAUAUUAUAUGGGCAAGAUUUGCAUCGCGGGAUGGGUUAUUCCAGCUGUUGUGGUUGUUGGACUUCUUGCUUCAAGCAAAUAUGACUACAUUCACAUUUCUGGUGAUAAUGGAACCUCUGUAACUAUGUGCUUUAUCCCUGAUUCUGCGACCCACUUAGCUGUAAACAUUAGUUACUAUGGCAUUGUGUUCAUAUUCACUUUAACCAUAUUUGUCAUAACCGUAGUGCAGAUCAAACACUUUACACCCAAAGAAGCAAAAACCCAAGAAUCCACCAAGAAAAGAGUUUUCUCUCUUCUGGGACUUUUCUGCCUCUUGGGCAUCACCUGGGGAUUUGCUUUUUUUAGCUACGGCCCUCUGCUCCUUCCUUCCUACUACAUCUUCACCAUCCUUAAUUCUUUUCAAGGAUUCUUCCUGUUCGUUUACUACUACUUCUCCAGCAGGAUCCUUCCAGAGGACAUCAAGCAAACCAAGAGCAGCAACCAAACCUCAGAGACUGUGUCCACAUCUCCUCAUGGCUAAGGUACUCAUUCCUACCUCCUAUGGACAUUGAAUUAAUUAAAUCAUAUUCUCAACUGAAAUUCAACAUCUUUACUUGUGGAGCUUUAUCACCUUUUUGUCUGAUGAAUAUCUUCUGAGGCUGUAUGGACACCAGAGGACAGCAUUUCAUUUCAUGUGGCAGUUGCUACAAAGUGUA